UUUUUUCUCUCUUGGUUGGUUUCUUUCUUCUUUCUCGGCUGGAACGACUUCUAUUGAAGGAAUGGUUCAACAAAAGCACUUUGCUGCUCAUCUCCUUCCUCAUUCAUACUGCACACAAUUUUGAGCUGAGCAUCAUCUGAAGCAAAAGUAAGUUUCCAUCCCCCACUUUUCUUUCCCACCCAACAAACAAACAAGAUGUUCAACCACAGCCUUCAAGAAGCUUCCCGUCUCAACUGCUUGGGCGCCACCAUGCUGACCAACCAUGACUUUCAUGGUGCUUUGUCGGCAUUUCGCAGCGCCAUCCAGAUCAUGGAAGCCACCUCAAGAACUGAAGAGGCCUAUGGAAAACUCCGAUCCAAUCAAGAAAAGGUUUGCGCUGCAUUGGAGAUGGCCGACUUUGCAGACACAGAGGCAUUUUUUGUCUUCAACAAGCCUUUGGUCUUUGAAAUGGCUCCCCAAGUGGUCGACCUGAGCUUCUUCAACGCCAUUAUCAUCUACAACUUGGCACUGACCUUUCACCAUGUCGCCGUGAGGAGAGGCGAUCUCAACAAGUUGAGAAAGGCCGUCCACUUUUACCAACUGUGCUGCAAUCUGAUCCACGAAGACUCCACUGCAUCCGCUGCUUCCCUCCUCCUGGCUGCCAGGAACAAUGCUACCCACGCAUACUUGAAACUCGGUGACUACGAGAAGUUCCGAGAAGGCAUGAUUCAUCUCCAACAAGACACUGCUAAUCUUUCUGCUCAAGGCUCAGCAUCCCUCUUUGAAGAGCAACACUUGCAAGAGUUCUUUCUGAAUAUCACUCUUGCAAAGGAACCCACAGCAGCACCUUCCGCAUGAAACAGAGCCCCCUUUUCCCACUCGUCCUCAUUCUUCUCUGUACUACAUGUAUGUCUGUGUAAAUGACGUUCGCCUUUACUGACCAAACGCUAUGGAGUGUCGAAUCCAAAACAUAUUACCGACACGAGAAACGUUACGCACUGAAUAUCUCAUAUUACAUAUUACCUUCCGCUACAAAUAACUUGUAAAUAUUCACUAUUUGCACCAUACCAUACCAUACACUAUCAUCUAUUUCUUGCGGCGC